AGCUACCGCCGCAGCAUGUUGCGCUCAGCCGCGCUGGCCGCCGCCAGCCUCGGGCCCCGCCUGGGCCGCCGCCUCCUGUCCUCCGCCGCCACCCAGGCCGUGCCGGCGCCCAACCCGCAGCCCGAGGUCUUCUACAACAAGAUCUUCAUAGAUAAUGAAUGGCACGAUGCCGUCAGCAAGAAAACGUUCCCCACCAUCAACCCAUCCACUGGAGAGGUCAUCUGUCAGGUAGCUGAAGGGGACAAGGAUGACGUGGAUAGGGCAGUGAAGGCUGCCCAGGCCGCGUUCCAGCUGGGCUCACCCUGGCGCCGUAUGGAUGCAUCCGAUAGGGGCCGCCUGCUGUACCGCCUGGCCGAUCUGAUUGAGCGAGACCGGACCUACCUGGCGGCUUUGGAGACUUUGGACAAUGGCAAGCCCUACGUCAUCGCCUACCAGGUGGAUUUAGACAUGGUCCUCAAAUGUCUCAGGUAUUAUGCAGGCUGGGCUGAUAAGUACCAUGGGAAAACCAUUCCCAUUGAUGGGGAUUUCUUCAGCUACACCCGCCAUGAGCCCGUGGGGGUGUGUGGACAGAUCAUCCCGUGGAACUUCCCGCUCCUGAUGCAAGCAUGGAAAUUGGGCCCAGCCUUGGCAACCGGCAAUGUGGUCGUGAUGAAGGUAGCUGAGCAGACUCCACUCACCGCCCUCUAUGUGGCCAACCUGAUUAAGGAGGCUGGCUUUCCCCCUGGUGUGGUCAACAUUGUUCCUGGAUAUGGCCCAACGGCUGGUGCUGCCAUCGCUUCCCACAAGGAUGUGGACAAGGUGGCAUUCACUGGCUCCACUGAGGUUGGCCACCUAAUCCAGGUGGCUGCGGGGAACAGCAACCUCAAGAGGGUGACCCUGGAGCUGGGGGGAAAGAGCCCCAACAUCAUCAUGUCAGAUGCUGACAUGGACUGGGCUGUGGAGCAGGCCCACUUCGCCCUGUUCUUCAACCAGGGCCAGUGCUGCUGCGCCGGCUCCCGAACCUUUGUGCAGGAGGAUGUGUACGCUGAGUUCCUGGAGCGCAGCGUCACCCGGGCAAAGGCACGCGUGGUUGGCAACCCCUUUGACAGCCAGACUGAGCAGGGGCCCCAGGUGGACGAGACUCAGUUUAAGAAGAUUCUUGGCUAUAUCCAGUCUGGGAAGCAGGAGGGGGCAAAGCUGCUGUGUGGUGGUGGGGCCGCUGCUGACCGUGGCUUCUUCAUCCAGCCCACCGUGUUUGGAGAUGUGCAAGAUGGCAUGACCAUUGCAAAGGAGGAGAUCUUUGGACCAGUGAUGCAGGUCCUGAAGUUCAAGACCAUAGAGGAGGUCGUUGGGAGGGCCAACAACUCCAAGUACGGGCUGGCUGCAGCUGUCUUCACAAAGGACUUGGACAAGGCCAAUUAUCUGUCCCAAGCCCUCCAGGCUGGCACCGUGUGGAUCAACUGCUAUGAUGUGUUUGGGGCCCAGUCCCCGUUCGGUGGCUACAAGAUGUCUGGGAAUGGCCGGGAGCUCGGGGAGUACGGUCUGCAGGCAUAUACUGAAGUGAAAACUGUCACUGUCAAAAUUCCUCAGAAGAACUCAUAAAGACCCGUGCCUGGCUUCCUUCGUCAACAGCGAUAGACAGUUUGAUGAGAUCAGCAACAAAACCAAGAAAAAUGACUUGCACGCCAAAAGCUUCAAAAGAGAAGUUCCUCUCACAAAAUCUCUUGGGUCAAGAACUUCCUGGAAUGUGAACUGAUAAACAGGUUGGGGAGGUGGGGUGAAGAGUAUACGGGGAGUCUGGUAAACAGCAACAAUACUACUAGCUUUCAGGGGGAUUUUAAAAAACAGAGUCCAAUCUCUCGUCCUGUCCAUCUUCUACACUUCUGUAACUUGCCUUUAUGGGGAGAAAAGCCACUGUUUUCAAUUAUAUUAAUAUUAGGCAAUAGCUAGCACCUUUGUAUUCCAGACUAAAAAUCAUUAAAAACAGCUGUGCUCUUAACUUCCUGGGUGACUCCUCCUUUAU